AGAUUUUUUUACAUGUUGGCAAGUCAAACUUGAACUUUAUGAUAAUGACAUGGAAAAAAAUAAUAAUAUUAUAAAAAAAUUCUCUCUCUUUUUUUUUUUUUUUCUUCUCUUCCCCUUUCUCUCUCCCAUUGAAACCCUUAUUUUUUUUUUCCUUCUCUUUUCCUUUCUCUCUCCCCUUGGAACCCAACAGAAUUCAUCAACAAACAGAAGGGAAACAAAAGGACCUUCAAUGGAACCCACACCUGGGUUCCUUCGAACCCCGACGGGGGUUCCAUGGAACCUAGCGCCUGGGUUGCCUGGAACCUAGGCGCUGGGGUUCCAUGGAAUCCAAUGGCAAAAAAUUAAUUUUUUUUUUUUCUAUGGGUUUUGUUAUUUGAUGAUGAUGAUGAAGAAGAACACAACAAGGGUAAAAAUUGAUUGAGAUGAAUAAAUUGGUUGAGUUGUUAGAGAUUUGCAAAAGUUGAGGGUUCCAUCAAACCCAACAUGCCUAGGGAAGAUAGGAAACUCGUCAUCAAGAAGCCAUGCUUGUCACCGGAAAAGAUUGAAAUCUUCAAAUUUUUGGAUGAUUAUUGGUCAGAGAAGAAUCUUUUGAUUCAUCUGAAACCGGUCGAAAAGUGUUGGCAACCCCAGGAUUUUCUGCCAGAUCCUGCUUCCGAUGGAUUCAUAGAGCAAAUCAAGGAAAUAAGAGAAAGAGUUAAGGAAAUUCCUGAUGAAUAUUUCGUUGUGCUUGUAGGGAAUAUGAUUACGGAGGAAGCCCUCCCAACAUACCAAACAAUGGCCAAUAGGCCUGAGGGAGCUCAAGAUGAAACAGGGGUCAGCCUCAAUCCUUUGUCAAUUUGGACGAGGUCAUGGACGGCUGAGGAGAACCGACACGGUGAUCUUCUCAACAGGUAUCUCUAUCUCUCUGGACGAGUAGACAUGAGGCAAGUUGAGAAGACAGUGCAGUAUCUAAUAGGAUCUGGAAUGGAUACUGGCAUAGGAAACGACCCUUAUCUAUUGCCCAUUUACACGUCGUUUCAAGAGAGGGCAACCGCUAUCUCCCAUGGGAACAUGGGGAGGCUGGCCAAGGAGAAAGGAGACCUGAAAUUAUCUCAAAUCUGCGGCACCAUUGCCGCAGACGAAAAGCGCCACGAGACUGCAUACAGUAAGUUAGUAGGAAAGUUGUUCGAGCUGGAUCCCGACGGAAUUGUCCAGGCGUUUGCCUACAUGAUGUGGAGGAAAAUCACCAUGCCAGGGGAGUUGAUGUAUGACGGCCACGACAACAACCUUUUCAUGCACUUCUCAGCUGUUGCAGGAAGUGUUGGGGUUUAUGCUUUCAGCGAUUAUAUUGAUAUAUUGGAUGUCCUGGUGGAGAAGUGGAAAGUGAAGGAUCUUACUGGACUUUCAGCUGAAGGGCAGGAGGCUCAGGAAUUUGUGUGCGACCAUUUGCCACGGAGACUUAGAAGGCUGGAGGAGAGAGCUGAAAAAAGGGCCAAGAAGAAAAGACAAACUAUUCCAUUUAGUUGGAUCUUCAACAGAGCAGCUUAAAUCCACAAAGAUAUUAUAAAUUUAGAAGAACCAGGCGCUAGAAGUAUCAAAAUCAUAUUUCAUUUUUUCUUCAUAUUGAUGUUAAUUUUCCUUUAUGAGGAUGUGGUGGUUACUAUCAAAGAAAAAAAAGGUGGUAAUGAAAUUAGUGUGGUAACACGUAAGGAAAUAAAAUCCGUCUGCUCCUUAUUGUGAAGAAGCAGGCGCUAGAAGUUUCAAAAUCAU